AUGCCCAACGCUCGGCUGCUCAUUAUUAUGACAGUCAAUUUAUUGUCAUUCAGGUUCAGAACCAGCUCUACCACCUACCAAUUGACCUUCUCAAAUGACGUUCAUGGUUCCCCAAUAUUUGCGAACAUGUUUUCCUUACCCCGCACUGGCAUCCGCAGUGACGAGGGUCUUACGGAUAACAUCAGAUGCUGGAUAAGACAACACCCACCUGCCGUGGCAAAGGAAGAUGAGGUUGUCGAAAGCGACCACGGUUGCCUACUUGAAGAUCACUGGCAAUACGCUAUGAUUGUGCCACGCGCUUGUCGUGACAUGCAACCGUUGGCUGUUUAUAUUUCCUUCACAAUCACGGAACAAACAUUAGCCUUGGUCCAAGGGUGCCAAGCGCCCACAGUGCAGUACCAAGCUGUGUCUGCAUGCCUGCGUUAUGCAGGCAAAGCUUUCCAUUUCACCGUCGACAACCACUCCCUCAAUGCUGACACCCAAGAGUGCCAAGCACCCAUAGUGCAGUACCAAGCUGUGCCCACGUGUUCGGGUUAUGCAAGCACAGCUUACCAUUGCGCCAUUGGCAACAACUCCCCCAGUGCUGACUUUAGUCCCACUGUGCAGAGGCUUGGCGGCGUGGUGCACUGUGUCAGCUGA